UGCAGGGCCCUGCGGUCAGUCAGCUGACCGCUGCUGUUCGCUCGCUGCACAAACACAGCGCCUUAAAUCGGCUUUUAUUCCCGUCGCUGUGGUUCCAAGUGAGGGUAGUUGUCUGUUUUAUGUGCGGGGUGUGAUCAGCCGGCUUGCUGCUCUCAUUCAGCGUCAGCUGGCGGUGGUUUCACUCGGCUGUCCGGUUCGUAUCGGUCACAAACGGCGUGCUGUGAGAUGAGAAUGUCCGGGCCGAACGGAGACCCGAGCAUCGCCGAGGACGACGGCGUUAUUAUUACCGACGAGGACGAGUUCAGCGAGGAGGAAUACACAGCCAUCAACUCCAUGCUGGACCAGAUCAACUCGUGUCUGGAUGACCUGGAGGAACGUAACGACGCUCUGAACGGAAAACUGCACGAACUGCUGGAGUCCAACCGGCAGGCCAGGCAGGAGUUUCGGGCUCAGCUGACCGAGAGAGACCAGAAGGACCAGAAACGGCCCCCUCCUCCCCCUCCCUCUAACGAGGACUCACCACCCAGUCAGGCGUGAUGGAGUGGACAUUACAGAUUAGGUGUAUGUUGCUGUCUAGAACCCCUGCUGAUCAGGCCUCGGUCUUCCUUUGCACGAUAUCUCCCAGAUCUCCGGUCCAGUAGUCCAGCUGCACUGCACGUUUGUGUGUAUGUUCUACUGAGGGAGAUCAAAUCCCCACAGUGAGAAACAGGACGUCAUACAGCCUUGCAGCCCUCGCAGACGAGCACAGACGGGGGCUGCAGGUGUUCUAACGCUGCUGUCGGAACAAAACCCAGUAUCUCCGAACCGGCAAAAAAAAACCCGCUUUACUUUUAAUGCAAGUCAAUGGAACCAGAAUGUUUUCAGUCAUUUUUGGCCAUUUCCUUUGGUCCAUUCAUCAUGAAAGUUAUACACAGUGUAAAGAGCAACAGGUUCUUUAGAUGAUGUCAAACUGAAGCACCUUCAGACGGCCUGUACCUGUUUUAUUGAUUCUGAUCUUUUAUUUCUUGUUUUAGUUCUUCUCUUAAUUCUUCAUUACUUUUAACUUAUUUUUAUUAUAUUUAUUUUAUUAAUCUCAUCUUCUGAUCUUAAUCUCAUCAAUUAAACCUCGUUUUAUUUUUCUCUUUUUUCAGUUAUUUUAAAUGUUCUUUUAAUUUAAAAUGAUUAAAUAUAGAUAUUAUUGUCCCUGUUUUUUGUAAAUGCUCGGCUACACUGAAAACGAGGGUUGCCCUCAAUGUACUCGAUUGACUGAUUGACAAAAAUGGACAUAAAAGGUUUCGUUCCGACAGCAGCGACGAUCAGGACAGCUAAUGAUGGUCAUUCUUGAGCCGAAUCUGAACUGUACAGUGCAGGUGGACGUGAGACUGCAGCUGGGAAACACCGCACUCAGUCUACAGCCAAAUUCCUGAUGUAUUUAUUUUUAACUUGUAUGGAUCAUUCCGGGUGAAUAUUCCACCAUAUAAAGAGUCUUAGAUCUGUAGACGUCAUACAUUGUACCGAGAGAGUACACACAGGUUGUGUCUCAUUACCGCCCUUAACUGUUGUGUGUGUGUGUGGCUUUGUCUUGUUACACAAGUCAAAAAAUAAAAAGAUAAAUCAUCAAA